AUGACGAAUAAGGAUCUCCGAAUGCUCCAGAAAAAGGAGCGACAACUGAGACAUGUGGUGGAUACAAUAAAGGAGUUUGUGCGAAAUUAUCAUGAAGGUCGAGACAAGCCCCAACUGGAGGCUAGGUUGACCAAAUUGGAUGAGAUCUACGAUUCUUUCUGCAGUACUAGGGCAGAAAUUGAACUUCUUCUGGAAGACAUCGAUGGUGAUGAUGAGUAUCAGGAAGUUGAUGAAACCGUAGAAGCUCAUGAUCGACGACGAGAAAAGGAAAAUGAAAUAAUCCUCAAGAGUUUCAUUAAUGAAUACUUCUCUCUGAAACAAUCCAUGCAAGCUUUUCAAUCCCCAGCGGGAUCUAGUUCAUCUACAGUUCUUUUAUCAACGCCUGUUCAACAGUUUUCAGCUCCGGCAGUGCGAGUCAAGCUGCCAGAGUUAAAACUUCCAACAUUCAGUGGAAAUUUGCGAGAUUGGUUAUCAUUCAGGGAUACUUUCCGUAAUCUUAUCAUUGACAAUAGCCAACUUUCUGACAUUGAUAAAUUUACGUAUUUACGUACGUCGUUAACAGCGGAGGCAUUCCAGGAAAUCGGAUCGAUCGAAUUAACCGCGGCUAAUUUUUCGAUAGCGUGGAAUUCGUUGGAAUCUCGUUAUGAAAAUAAAAAAUUACUGGUGAAAUCCCACUUGGACGCCUUGUUUGCUAUCAACCCCAUCAAAAAGGAAGGUUUCGAAAAUUUGAACUAUGUGGUCAGUGAAUUUGACAAACACUUGCAAAUGUUGGAUAAACUUGGAGAAUCCACUACGAAUUGGGGUACGAUUUUAGGCCACAUGUUAACGAGUAAGCUAGACUCAUCAACAUUGCGAAUGUGGGAAACAGAGCAUCGAUCUCGAGAUGUUCCUGAGUUCAAGAAGUUGCUAGAGUUUCUAAAAAACCAUUGCAUCGUUCUUCAGUCUCUUGGUUCGAGAUACAUACAGUCAUCAGAAACCAAAAAACCGCUACGCAACAUUAUCAGCCACGCUGGUGUUCAGACAGCUUGUUCAUUCUGUGGAGACACACAACAUCGAACAUUCCAAUGCAAGAAGUUUACGACUAUGAAGGUGGAAGAGAGGAGAAAUGUCGUAAAGGCGAAUCAAUUAUGCUUCAAUUGUCUUUCCAGAGGACACAUGUCCAGAGAAUGUUCACGAGGUUCCUGUCGCAUCUGCGGACAGCAACACCAUACUCUGCUGCACUUAGCAACACAUCAAAGCCCACCAGCUCAACCAGCACAACCGAUGAGACGACUUCAGAUGAAUCCACGUCACCAGCAACCGUUCCAUACAUCACCGAAUGUGCAAAGUCAUAAUCAACCACAGAACACCAACGUUUUUCAACAUUCAACCAAUCGAUCCACCAGCACUUCCUUACCCAUUGUUUCUCAAAGCACGCACAGACAGACGCCACCUCCCAGAGACACUCCUGUAAGUCAUAACAUUGCCCUCUUUGCUAACGAAACCAAGUCAUCACGAUCGGUUCUACUUGCAACCGCAGUCGUGGUGCUUGAAGACCAAUUUGGAAAUAAUACACACGCUAGAGCCUUGCUCGAUAGCGGCUCUCAGAUGUGUUUUAUGUCUGAGAACUUGUCACAAAAGCUCAAAUUCAAACGCUCUCGGGAACUCAUUACCGUGAGUGGGAUUGGACAGUCUACAAAAGCAUGCAACCAAUCUGUCAUCGCACUUGUAAAAUCUAGAAUUUCGAACUUCUCAAUGCAAGAAAUGUUUUAUGUUCUUCCACAAGUUACGGUGGAUCUGCCAGCAUCAAAGAUUCGCACCGACAGCUUGAAUAUACCUCAAGAAAUAGACCUUGCCGAUCCACAUUUUAAUGAACCUGGCGCCGUUGAUGUAAUACUUGGUGCCGGUCUAUUUUUCGAUCUGCUGAAGGACGAACAAAUGAAAUUGAAGGGAAGCAAUCUCACUAUCCGGAAGACUGAAUUUGGCUGGAUAGUCUGUGGACGAACACCAGAAGAACAUAUUCAUUCUAGAUCAGUCAUCGCAAACCAUACCAUCGAACGAAUUGAUGAAAUAUUAACACGCUUUUGGGAGCUGGAAUCGUGUCGCUCGAAAAGCACACACUCCAUCGAAGAAUCGAUAUGUGAAGCUACAUUUGAUCGAACUACUCUUCGUGACUCUAGUGGAAGAUUUAUAGUCACAUAA